AUGGAGAUAGGCCGUCGAGAACAGAGAAACCGUCUACUUACCGCAUCGCUCCGUCUUGCCCUCACAAACAUGCUGUCUACUGGGCUGACUCGACCACACGUGAAGAGUGUGUUUGCGAUUGAUCCUUCGAUGAUGCCUAGGCAACGCGACCAGGCGACAGAUACCCAUGGGUGGAUUUCUUCUCUCCGUCGAUAUCUGACGCCAACGAGUAUGAGCCAACCCAAGCGUCUGGUCUCGGGCCCGACGGCCUCCGCGGUUGUUGACUCCCAGGAAGAUCAAGCUGCUUCUAUGCCUGAGGAUGCAAGCAUGGAGCGUGUAACUGAGGACCUGCCACGUGAAAUCAGCGUCCCGACAGCCUGUGCUUCGACUAUCCGGCCGCGGAAGACGCGAAUGCCGCGCGUGGAUUCUGGCACUGAUUCAGGUAACAUACUACAACCACGCUCCUCCAAAGACGAGAGUGAGCUCCCGUCGCAAUCGCUUGAGGCAAGAGGAACGCUCUCGGAUAGCACCACGCUCGUAUCUCUCGACCUAUCACCAGCGAUAGCGCAAGUCAUACAACCACUAUACUCGACAUUUACGUCGCCUACAACAGACUCGUCUUCCUUUCCUUCGGUUGCCUCGCCUUGCAUUCGCAUAGAUUCGAACUUGUUGGAAGGCGUGGUAUUGAAUGGCUCAAACUCACCGCAGAUACUACAAAGUCCACAGGAAUUGGCGGCAGAUACCAAUGGCACGGUCUUGAGACGCACAAGACGCACCAGGGCGUCAGAGCACCACCGAAGCAGUUCAGGGUCUCAGUCUCCUGCUCAACAAGUACCAUCACUCCCAAGAUCGGCAUCGACAGACUUUCGUAGAGAAGGUGUCGACAAUCUCAAGACAUGGCUGCACCGACUUGCUGUGAAUGGCGCCUUGGAAUCUUCGCCAUCCGUCAAUCAUACGGCAGCUCACACAUUGCGUCGCAUAUCCACACGCUCCACCGCCCCAACCGCAGGCUCCUCGAGUCACGGCUCCAUCUCCUCGCCCGCCACGCCCUCACAAUACCUGCGCGAAACCUACCCACGCACACGUCUUACACCCGGCCGUAUAAUAUACAAAGCACCCGCGACGCCUAGCGUCGACGAGCAGGCUCGUCCCAAGCCGGGCGAGUUUCGUAGGAAGCCACGUCUACAGAGAUGUGAUUCGUUCGACUCGUUACUGACAGGGACUCCAGAUGCUUACACAUAUGCCCUGCGCUCGCGCACGAGUCGGCGUCUGCGCGAGCUAUUCGCGAAGGACGACGCGAAUAGUCAAGAGGGGGACUACGAAUCGACACCAGAGCAGAGGAGGGUGUCGGAAAGCACAGUUGACGCAGAGGGCGACGACGUGAGCGGGCGGUUCAUGGCCGCGAUGGCGACGCUGAGAAGCAUGUAUGGACAGGCGGAUAUGGCGAAUAAGUCUCGGAUUACAGACGACGUAGAGCGUAUGUUGAAAGCGCUUGGGCCGAAUAAGGCGAAGGCCGCUUCGGGCUCGGGCUCACGUUCACGUACCCAGUCAAACGGCCAGUCGGUGUCGAGGGGACGCUCGCCCCGACUGAAGAAGCAGAGCAGCGAGGUUAGCAUUAUCAAGGGGAAGCAUGGCGACGAGAACUAUUUCGGACAGGCGGUGCUUAGUCCUGCAUUCAUCUGA